CACUCCAACCUUGGGUUCAACCGAAUGGACCCACUACCGGCAGUGGCUUCCGCCACCCAUCUCGCCUACCCGGACUCAGUGGAGUCGUCUCCCCGGUCGCGCAACGCCGAUUCCUGGGACGAGCCCCUUCCUCCCAUCCCAGGCGCUAAGCUGCGUUUGAUGUGCAGCUAUGGAGGCCACAUCGUCCCUCGCCCUCACGAUAAGUUCCUCUGCUACCUAGGCGGCGAGACCCGCAUCGUUGUCGUGGACCGCCACUCCACCUUGACCGACCUCUCCGCUCGCCUCUCUCGCAGCCUUCUCCAUGGUCGUGACUUUACCCUCAAAUACCAACUUCCUAACGAAGACCUCGAUUCUCUCAUCUCCGUCACCACCGACGAAGAUCUUGAGAAUAUGAUCGAGGAGUAUGAUCGCACCACCACUUCUUCGUUGAAGCCCUCUCGCCUCCGCCUCUUUCUCUUCCCUACCAAGCCCGAUACUGCCUCUUCGAUCGGUUCUCUCCUCGACGAUUCCAAGUCUGAGAACUGGUUUUUGGAUGCCCUUAACGGUUCUGGAAUUCUGCCUGGAGGGGUUUCCGCUGACGCUGCUUCCGUUAAUUGCCUGUUAGGUCUCGACGAUGUUAUCCAUGUCGACCCUUCUGUUGAUGUGGAGGCUCAACCUGAAUCUGUAGGUAAUCAUAACAAGCAGGUUAGUAAUAAACAAGGGCAAGAUGUUCAAUCGGUGCCGGAUUCUCCGAUGAUGGAAACUACUUCGUCGUUUGGUUCGACGUCUUCUUCGCCUUCUCAGUCCAAUUUACCUCCGAUUCGAGUUCAUGUCGAGGAUGGUGGGGUUGGGGUUCGGUUGCAUGAUCAGAUGGUUGGGCUGGAGGAACAUUUCUCGCAACUGAACGUAGCUGCCGCAGCUGCUGCUACUGCUACUGCUACUGCUACGCAGAAGCAAGAGGAGGGUUUUGUCACCAUUUAUUCUCCGCCACCAGUUCCGACCACCGUUGCAGCUGCAGCAAUGGUAUCAUCAGCUGUUACGGUUAAUCUUACCACCGUUGCUAGUGAAAACCACGGCCGCGUUAUCUCGGACGAUGAGCGAUCAGACCGAUCAGACCAUGGGGCCCCGGUUGGUUUUCGGAAACCGCCACAACCUCAAUUGCAACAGAGGACUAGUGGGGGUGUGGAUUUACCAUCGCCAGAUGCAGCUGCCAGAGAUGCCAAUUCUGGCCCAAAAACAGUGUUCUAUCAAGACACAGUGGCAGCUGCUACAGCUAGAGACAAUAGGGUUCCUGCUUUCCCUAACAAGAGUAACAUCUCUGAUCCUAGCUAUCGGAUCCAGAUGCAACAACAACAACAACAACAACAUUUUCAAGAUGCUGGUUACUUCUUGUCUUCACAAUUGGAUCAGCAGCAGCAGCUUCAGCAGCAACAACAGCAACAACAGCAACAGCAGCAAUUUAUCCCCGCAGGCACGCAGUACAUCCACCAUCACCCCACAGGACCAGUACCCAUCUCGUCAUACUACCCACUGUACCAUUCGGCGCAGCAAACGCUGCAACACCCCCAUCAGCAGCUCGAUCAGCAAUACCAAAUGUACUACUUGCCUGUUAGGCAAACACAAGCUUACAAUUUGCCUGUUCAAUCUAAUCUUGGCGAUGCUCCAACCGUCCAAUCCAGUCGGCCCCCAACGCCACCCAGCCCUGUCAUGAUCCCUCCCUCUGCUGCUGCUUAUAAAGAGCCCGCAGCGUCUGUUUAUCCCUCUAGGAACUCAGCUCCUUCGAAGCCCGAUUUAGCCCCGAAUGUGUACAGAACUGCCGCUGCAGUAGCACCGCCACUCAUUCAAAUGGCUCCUGAUCAGCAUCAGCAGCAGAUUUUGGGUUACCAUCAGAUGCAUCACCCAUCUCAGUCUAUGGCUGUUACUGCCGCCGGUGCUGCCAACUAUGCAUACGAGUUUGCGGAUCCUACCCACGCGCAGAUGUACUACACUCAGCCUUCAGCUGCUACAUUGCCUCCUCAGUAUCAAACUAUGACCGCAGCAUCAGCUGUAGGGUUGUCGGAGGCUUCUACCCAGUUGGCCACAGACAGCUCUAAGCAUCAGCAGCAGAUCAGAACUUCACAAACACUGUGAGUCGUCAUCCAUAGCUGAUGAAGAAAAGUAACGAUUUUGGAGGGAUGGGUUUGGGUAAAUUUUAGAUUUUUGUUCUCUUUUACUUUGUGAAAUCUUGUUCUUUGUAUGGUUAUAGGUAUUGGUUUGUGUUUAAAAAAAAAAUGUUAAUCUAUCUGUGAUAUGAAAUAAGGGAGUGGGUCGUCUUCUCUUUCUAGUUUCUUCCUGUUUUAUAGAUUAUAAUGUAAUGCAGAUCUUAGAAAGAAAAUAGAAGUUGGUCAGAUAGGGGAUAUCAACAUCAAAUGUUUGUGUUUGGUCAGUCUGUGUAUUAGCAGUCAUGAAAUAAAUACACAUAUAUACAUCAAGCUUUGUUUUAGAAAUUC